AUGGCAUCGCAAUCGAAGCUCGCCUUGCCGGGCGAUCGCACCCUCCGGAGUAUUAUCUCGCAACUCACAACCCUCUACGUUUCCAAUCGCACACGUAUCUCACGCGCUGUAUGGAUAACACUGUUCGCUGCCCUCGCUAAUCGAAUUCGCCUUGCCAUCUCCGAGCAAAAGGCAGCCUCUGCCCGUGAAUCUGCCCAGCGCGCAGCUCGUCGUGGUACGACAUCCAGUGGCAGCGAGGAAACACCCAGAAAAAAAGUCGAGCUGAAUCGCGAUUUCUUUCGGUCAUUGCUCCGGCUACUCAAGAUUGUUGUUCCAGGAUGGCGCAGCAAAGAGUCGAGGUUACUGAUGAGCCACAGCUUCUUCUUGGUUCUCAGGACUUUGAUUAGUCUACGCGUCGCCGAGAUGGAUGGUGCUAUUGUAAAGGCUCUCGUGAAAGGAAACGGAAAGGAAUUCCUGAAGCGCAUAGUAUGGUGGAUGCUCAUCGCGGUCCCUGCGACCUUCACCAACUCCAUGCUUUCGUAUCACCAAGCUGAAUUUAAUUUAGCCAAGCCUCUACUCGAUAUGACAAUAUAUACCUGGUCUUUGUCGAAGAGUGUUGGUGGUGAAGGCGUUGUCUUCAUGUCACUCCUUGUCCAGUUAUCAGCCAACGUGAUGAGAGCACUAACUCCGCCGUUUGGGAAAUAUGUUGCAGAUGAAGCAAGGUUGGAGGGAGAAUUCCGCUUCCAGCACUCGCGCCUUAUCGAUUAUAGCGAAGAAGUCGCUUUAUACGGCGGCCACAACGCUGAAAAAGACACGUUAGACAAGGGCUACUUUACUCUCAUCAAGCACGUCAACUACAUCCUCCGACGACGCUUUUACCACGGAUUUAUGGAAGAUUUUGUCAUUAAAUAUUUCUGGGGCGCGCUUGGUCUGAUGCUCUGCAGUGUUCCCGUCUUCGUCAAGAUGCCUGGUCAUAUCGCGAUGAAUAUGGGCGAUCGAACAGAAGCCUUUGUCACCAACAGACGGAUGCUCCUCUCUGCGUCCGACGCAUUUGGCCGUAUAAUGUUCUCAUAUAGAGAGGUUAUGGAGCUGGCGGGCUACACGUCUCGUGUUGCUACUCUACUGGAUGUGAUGGAUGACGUCCAGGCUGGUCACUUCGAGAAGAAGCUCGUCUCCUCUUCGGGCGUUGAAGGCAAUGAGGCUGUCCUCAAGGGGCGUGGAACUGUCCACGAGAGCAAUGACAUCACUUUUAUUGAUGUGCCCAUUAUCUCACCUAACGGUGACGUACUCAUCAAAGCCUUGUCUUUCACUCUCAAACACGGAGACCACUUGCUUGUUGUUGGGCCUAACGGCUGCGGCAAAUCGUCUCUUUUCCGCAUUCUCGGCGGUCUCUGGCCUGUUUAUGGAGGCACAGUCUACAAGCCCCCUUUCCACGCCAUUUUCUACAUCCCCCAACGGCCUUACCUUUCCCGAGGCUCCCUUCGCCAACAAAUCAUUUACCCGGAUUCUCUUCGUCAGAUGCGUGCUCGUGGUGUCACGGACACAGACCUUCUCGAGUAUCUCAAGAUCCUUGGUCUUGAGCACCUACCCGAAUUAUACGAGGAAGGGUGGGACGCUGAGGCUGAGUGGCGCGAUGUUCUUUCUGGUGGUCUCCAACAGCGUGUUGCCAUGGCUCGGCUCUUCUACCAUCGCCCUAAGUACGCUAUCCUUGACGAGUGUACCAGCAGCGUUACCCUUGAGACAGAGAAGGCCAUGUAUGAUACAGCAAAGGCUCUAGGCGUCACUCUCAUGACUGUCAGUCACCGUCGAAGUUUGUGGAAGUAUCACUCUCAUAUCCUUCAGUUCGAUGGCCAGGGCAACUAUGUUUUUACCAAGCUUGAUGCCGAUCGACGUCUCAAACUUGAGGAUGAGAAGGAAGAGCUGGAGGUUCGAUUGCGCCAGGUCCCCGAACUGGAGCGCCGCAUCGCCGAGUUGACGGCCGCUUAG